UUUCCAUCAAAGCAAGGUGAAGGACGCCACGGUGUAUAACCAAAUUGUUGUAUAACGUACAGAAAACUGUUCGACUAUCAUGGCUAAGAGCAAGAAUCAUACCAAUCAUAAUCAAGGAUUUAAAAAUCAUAGGAACGGUAUCAAACGCCCGAAAACCAACCGUUAUCCAUCUUUGAAAGGGGUCGACCCUAAAUUCCUACGAAACUUACGAUUUGCCAAGAAACACAACAAACGGCAUCCUAAGCAGGAAUAAACAAUGUUCUCGAAAUGAUAUCAAUAAAUUAGUGUAGAAGAUUUA